AUCGUUUGUUCGAAUGUCUAUUACAUUCCUGAUGAUGCCAACUGAAAGCUGGCGAAAGCUCGAAUAAAGUAUUUUCAAGACUGAAAGUCAUGUUAUUCAUAGCAGUUCUAUAUUCGAUUUACAAAUAUUUAUCGAAGUUAUUGUCGAUUUUGCUGAUAUGCCAAAAAUGAUCGCACCCUACACUUUCAAUUUGAAUCUUAGACUGCCCCAUGCUAUUCAAGAACAAAUGAUCGAACAAGAAAUUAAACGGCUAGCACAAAGAGCUAAUUCAGUCAUGGUUUCUGCUUCUGUUCGCAAUGAAUCUACUUGCAGUGAAUCAUUGACAUCGCAAGAAGCAGUUGAUGCUGAAAGACAUGCAUCAGCUCGUCAGACAACGUUUAUCAAUGGUAUUGAUGUUGCUCGACAACUAGAAGAAUACGUCGCCCAUGGUCAUUUCACAUCCACUACGAAAUUCGUCACCGCCGAUGUGAAAGAUCUCUAUACCAUGAUACAACGACAAGGUGCCAUUGAAGCAUUAAUACGGUUCCUAGAGAAAUAUUCUCAUCAUGGAAAGAUUGGUACAUUAACCAUCAAUCAUAUCCUGAGAAUGGUCCGUUUAAUAUUGGACACGAAUUGUUUUGCCUAUAGUAACACGUAUUAUCGACAGAUUCGUGGAGGAGCAGUGACUUCAGCAUUUACACAAGUCUUAGCUAAUAUUAGUAUGCUGGAAUGGGAACAAGAUCUCAUUCAACAUCAAACAGAACAUGGGGAAAUAUAUGGAAGAUACAUCGAUGAUAUCUUCAUGACAACCAAUCAUACGGUCGACGAAAUUAAUUGUGAAUUAGCGAGGGCACAGAAGAAAGAUAUCAAUAUUUAA